AUGUCGAAUUGCAAUGAUUUCACGUAUUCACAUUGCAUCUCAAUCAAUGUAUUUAAAUCAGUCAUCAUUAUCUGGAAUUCCUUCUAUCUCUUUUACUGCUCCACCUUCUCCAGCUUUGGUUUUACACACAAACACAUACCGACACCCACAUCGAUGGGAACCGGCAUUGAAGGUGCUGGAGUUUUGUUCAGGCCGUUGUCAGAAGAGGCUGUGGCUCCGUUCAGAGAAGGCAUAGCUUUGACUCUCUCCAAAUGGUCAGCUCUGCAAAUGGCCGUAGAGAACGAGUGGGGCGGUCGUGGAUCCCGCAGCAUAUCUGAGCAGCUCAACUCUGAUAUUUUGUCCUGGUUCACGCAGUCUAGAGAUCCGCUUUACAUUGAUGAUUUAGAAAAUAUUCUUGAUGAAGCUAUGCUUUCUCUGAAUACAAUGAUUGAGGAUGGUAGCGUUGAGGAGGUGGCAGAAAAAUUGAUGAUUAUGCAUGAAGAAUGUUUGGAAGGCAAUUAUACUUCUAUUGAAAAACUGAGACAUGCCAUUCCACAAAGAGUAAAUCAUCAGCAUAUAAGACAGGCAAUUUUGUUGAAGUGUGUUGUCAUUUUAGACAACUGGUGCUUAUUUAUCUCAGAGGGUUUUGCUUCUUUUCAUUCUGGUGUGCAUUUGAGAAAGAAAGCCAAUAGGAUUGGCCUGAACCCUAGUUCAGUGGCAAAUGAUGAGGAUGAUGAGGACGAUGACGAAGAUGACAGAAUGGAAGAUGAUGAUGGACCAAACAUGAUGGUGGAUUCAGCAGGAUCACAGUCAAGUUCAAGAGUAGAAACGCCAGUUAAUGGAGUUAAGUCCAAGGAGACAACUCAAGCAGAAGAUGGAUGGGAGGCUGUGCUGCCACUGUUGAUGGACCUAUUAUUACUGAAAUCACCUACUCUUCUGAACUCAUGCAUAUUUGAACGGGCGUGUAUGAGGUUACAGGCUCUUCUACUUCCACUACUACUCUCAUUCUUCUUCCCUCUUCACUCUCCUGCAACAUCCCAAUACACCAUUCGUGCGCAAGGCGAAUGGCGUCUUUUGCACGAAAGCGUUGGCAUUUCUGCUAUGCAUAUGCAACUUCUACAUAACAACAAAGUCAUAAUGUUUGAUCGUACUGAUUUUGGCUCCUCCAACCUCUCUCUCCCCAACGGCGGUUGUCGUGUAGACCCUUCAGACACAGUACUUCAAACGGAUUGUAGCGCGCACUCCAUCCUCUACGACGUUGCAACCAACGGUUAUCGCCCUCUCACUGUCCAAACAGACACUUGGUGCUCCUCCGGGGCCGUCCUACCAAAUGGAAAUCUAGUCCAAACUGGCGGAUACAAUGACGGUGAACGUGUCGUUCGAUUAUUCGCUCCGUGUGACAAUGAAAAGUGUGAUUGGAUUGAGUAUCCACAGUAUCUAAUCGAGCGGAGAUGGUAUGCAACAAAUCAAAUCUUACCGGAUGGUCGUAUUAUUAUUGUUGGUGGUAGAAGACAAUUUAACUUUGAAUUCUAUCCUCGUAAUAUUAAUCUUGGAGACCCUUCUACAUUAACUACAUUUAGGCUUAAUUUCUUGAGAGAUACAAGAGAUGGUCAUGAUGAGAACAAUUUGUACCCUUUUCUGCAUCUACUACCAGAUGGGAACUUGUUCAUUUUCGCCAACACUAGAUCAAUACUCUUGGACUACAACCGAAAUCAAAUUCUCAAGGAGUUUCCUAGCAUUCCCGGUGACGAUCCUCGAAACUAUCCGAGCUCCGGCUCCUCGGUUUUGCUUCCAUUGGAUGAAAACCUAGGCAACAACAUUCAAGUUGACAUCUUGGUUUGUGGUGGUGCACCGAGGGGCUCGUUCGCUCGAGCUGCGCAACGGGACUUUUUGCGCUCGAGCUCAAGUUGUGGAAGGUUGAGAGUUAGUGACCGAAACCCUAACUGGAUCAUGCAAGAAAUGCCAAUCCCCCGUGUAAUGGGAGAUAUGCUAUUGUUACCAACCGGCGACGUGAUUAUAAUCAACGGCGCUGAGUUGGGAACAGCCGGUUGGGAGGAUGCGCGGGCACCGGUCACCCGGCCAGUCAUAUAUCGUCCUUCUGAACACCAAUCAAAUUGGAGAUUCGCGGUCAUGGCACCAUCACCUAGACCAAGAAUGUACCAUUCAUCGGCUAUUUUGCUAGCCGAUGGGCGCGUACUAGUUGGGGGUAGCAACCCACACAUGUACUACAACUUCUCGGGUGUUGCAUAUCCAACUGAUCUGAGCUUGGAGUCCUUUUCGCCCCCGUAUUUGUCAAUCGAGUACGACACCAUUAGGCCCAAAAUACUGUCACGAACUGAGACAAUUGGGUAUGGAAAACCAUUCAUGUUGAGGUUUGUGGUGAAGGAGUAUCUCACAAUGAGUCUUGUCUCACUGAGAAUUCUUGCACCUUCAUUCACUACCCAUUCAUUUGCCAUGAACCAGAGGAUGGUGGUGCUGAAGGUGACUGGGAUUUCGUACGAGUCGUCGGAUACGUUUCUGAUGAAUGCUGUUGGACCAUCGAAGGCGGAGAUUGCACCACCAGGUCAUUAUCUGUUGUUUGUGGUGCAUUCUGGUAUACCUAGCCAUGGGGUUUGGGUGAGGAUACAAUAA